AGUUUUAGUUGCUUCCUAAUUACCCGGCAAGGAGGUUUUGAAUUGGAUUAUAAAUACCCCUGGAUUAUUCAAUUGAUUUCAUGUUUCAUCAGUGAUUUGUUUCUUAGGUGAUUUGGUUCUGUAUUUUUCUUGACAUACAAUAAAAAUGUCAACCGCUGAAGUUGCAAAGAACAUGGCACAAUCAUCAGAAACCAAUGAUGAAUCAUCCAAGGGAUUUGAUGCUCCAGACACCAAUGCAUUUGGACAUUCAUUCAGGAGCUAUGAUGCUGAAAGUGAAAGGCAAAAGGGUGUAGAGGAAUUCUAUAAGCAACAACACAUCAACCAGACAUAUGACUAUGUGAAGAAAAUGAGAGAGGAGUAUGGGAAAUUCAACAAAGGAGAAAUGGGUAUAUGGGAAUGUUGUGAGCUUCUCAAUUCAGUGGUGGAUGACAGUGAUCCUGAUUUGGAUGAACCUCAAAUCCAACAUUUAUUACAAUCUGCUGAAGCUAUUAGAAAAGAUUUUCCCGAUGAAGAUUGGAUGCAUUUGACUGCUCUUAUCCAUGAUCUUGGAAAGAUCCUUCUUCUUCCUCAAUUUGGUUCACUUCCUCAAUGGGCUGUCGUUGGUGACACAUUCCCCGUUGGGUGUGCUUUUGAUAAGUCAAAUGUUCACUAUAAGUAUUUCGAGCAAAAUCCUGAUUUUAACAACCCUAAAUAUAACACUAAAAAUGGGAUUUAUGAAGAAGGAUGUGGACUAGACAAAGUAAUGAUGUCAUGGGGUCAUGACGACUACAUGUAUAUGGUUUGUUUGGCAAAUGGAACUACUUUGCCUCCACCAGCAUUGUUCAUUAUCAGAUAUCACUCUUUCUACCCUUUACAUAGGGAAGGAGCAUAUAAACAAUUCAUGAAUGAAUCAGAUCAUGAGGGUUUGAAGUGGCUCCAUACAUUCAACAAAUAUGAUCUCUACAGCAAGAGCAAAGUCAAAGUUGAUGUUGAAAAAGUCAAGCCUUAUUACAUGUCUCUCAUUAACAAGUAUUUCCCAGAAAAGCUUAAGUGGUGAAAACAUAAUUACCACCAGGGCCUGAUCCAAUUUGUCUUCAUGAUUCAGCUUUCUAGCUACUCAUCUUUGUUUCC